UAGCCACCACAUGGUGUCUCUGUUCCCCGUCCUACUCUUUCCUCAAUCUAACGGGAAAGUUGGAGUUUGAGUGAAGUGGGGCCACUGAGAGUGGCGGAGGCUGUUGAACAGGCUGAAGGUGUGUCCCAGGCUGGACCGAGAGCUGCAGUCCCGGGAUGAGAGCGGACGGGCAGCGGCUGCAGUGAGCGGCCGGGCCGGGCCGGAGCAUGCUGUCCGGGGAGGGGGCUAGCAACCUCUCCCGGCAAAGCCUCCACUUCCCUGCGGGCUUACUCAUCAGCUCCCCGAAAAGGCGAGUCCCCAAGCUGGGCAGGAAACAGAGUAACGGAUCGGUGCUGUCCAGUUCGUCAGACACCACCUUUAAAUCAAGUGAAAGUUUUGGUGUGAGGCAGCCAGCUCGGAGCAAGAUCAAGCGGCACAACAGAGGACUGGCCACGGUGUUCAGGGGCCGCAGCUUCAAGGAUGAGAAGUCGGGCGUUGGAGUGGGAGCUGAUCCAGCCACAGAUGACCCUACUGAGCUUUCCACCCAGGUCACAGCCCCUGGCGUGCUCAAAAUCUUCGGUGAUGAGAUCUGUGCAGGUGCCAACUACAAGAGUGUGCUCGCAACGCCAUGUUCUAGUGCACAGGAGCUGGUCAAGGAGGCUCUGGAGAGAUAUUCCCUGGACAAGAAUUCGAGCAGUGACUAUGUCCUCUGUGAUGUGAUUGGACGGUCAGAUGAGGACCACCAAUGGCGCACGGAAUGUUUUCGGAUUGUGAGUGAGAAUGAGAAGCCCCUUAUUCUUCAGUCACUCUGGAAACCAAAGGAAGGAUUUGCCCGGAGAUUUGAAAUGCGCAGGAAAGUCGAUGUGGAAGAAAUUACGGCAAAGGAGAAAGACACAGUGACAGCAGGUAUCAACGCCCAGGCUCGCCGACUGCAAAUGAGCCGAGCCCGGGCCUCGUCCGCUCUGACAGACGAGGAGAUUGAAAGCAGCUUUGCACUUUGGCGAAGUGUCAGCGAGGUGAAUCUAUCGGGGAAGAGCAGGGAAUCGAGACGGAGCAACAGGAAUGGUUGGAUGGAAGCUGCAGAGACUGAGGAGGACACAGAACAGCCGUGUCUCAGUCUUGAGAAGGAGGAGACUGAAAGCAGUGAUGACACUUCCACCCAAUAUUCCAUACACCCACCCUUUGAGUUCCCCUACUUUCUCCUGUUGCAAGGCUACAGUUCCAGGAAGGAUUUUGUCAUUUAUGUGCUGAAUGGAAGCAGUCACGUGUUUGGUCGCUACUUGGAUGAGUCAAGAGGUGAGGAGGAGCAGCUGAAGGUGGACAUCCAGCUGUUAGCCCCAGAUAUCUGCCUGCGACAUUGCAGUGUGCGGCGCCAGGAGGUGAGCUCCAGUGGAGAGAGUGGUGAUGGCCUGGAGCUGGUGACACUGGUCAAACCGGGCAAAGGAGCAGUGGUCACUCACAAUGGGCUCCCUCUCAGCACAGAGAGCCAGCUGCAGCCGGGUGAUCUGUUGGGCAUGGGAGCCCACUACCUUUUCAUGUACAAAGAUCCGACCCUCAGCAAACUUCCUAUCAGCCAGAAACCGGUGUGGUACCCAUCGCCAGUGCUGGACCUGAGCCCAGGCGGGGAGCUCACCUGUAGGAUGUGUGGCUGCAUUGUUCAAGAGAAUCAACAACAGGAUCUAAUUCCUUCAGCAGAGAAACCAGCUCCCGGGCUGAAAGACUCGAAGGGCACAGACUAUGUCUUCAUGUACAAUCUCUCGCAGGAAGAUGCACUUCUGAAAUGGAUUAUCAAUAGCCCAUGUGAGGACAAUGUGCACUCCAAACUGACUGCAGCCUUCCUGCUAUGUCUCUGUAUCCAGCACUCAGCCAGCUCCUUCCAGCCUGCAGACUUCCGCACGCUGCUGCUCAGGAUAGCAAGCCAGAUCCAAACGGUGAUGUGGGAGAAAUCGAAAGAGCUCGCAGCAAAUCAGAGAGAAAAUGUGACCAGGGACGGUGAGGAAGUCCCUCCAAUCCGAAUGCCAGAACUGAUUCCAAGCCUGCAGCCUCUCGUAUACUGGAUGUCCAAUUCCAUAGAACUGCUGCACUUCAUUCAACAGGAGGUUCCCAAACUCUUAACGUGGGAUCAGCACACAGAGCAGUAUGGUUGCCAUUAUGACCAGCUGUCGUCCACUAAGGCAGCGAGUGAAGAGGCCAUGACAGUACUGGAGGAGGUCAUCAUGUUCACCUUUCAGCAGUCAGUCUAUUACCUCACCAAGACCCUGUACACCGUCCUGCCUGGGAUGUUGGACAGCAAUCCCUUUACAGCUGAGACAGCGCAGCUCAGUAUUCCCAGAGGAGUUAAGGAUGUCUUGGAUAUCUUCCAGGGAACGUUGAACCUGUUGAAACAGUAUCGAGUUCACCCUGAGCUUGCCUCUCAGCUCUUUGCUUAUCUCUUCUUCUUCACCAAUGCAUCGCUCUUCAAUGCUCUCAUGGAACGAGGAUCAGGAGGAGGUUUUUACCAGUGGACGAAAGGAGUGCAGAUCCGAGCCAACCUGGACUUGCUGCUUGACUGGAUUCAAGGCAUUGGACUCGGUGAGCAGGCUGCUGAACUCUUCCUCAAGUUUUCGACAGCUGUUAACCUGCUUGCCACUCCCAAGGAGACUCUCCUGCAGGCUAAUUGGAGGUCUCUGCGCAGUGAUUUUUUCAGUUUGAACCCAUCGCAGCUCCAUCACAUGCUGAGGGAGUACAACCCGGGCCGGCCAUGCCCACCGGUGUGGAACCCCGUCCAGGAGGACCAGCAGGCAGCACUGAGAACAGCUGACAUCUUGGAAAGCUUCGACAAUCACCCGCCCCUGAUCCUGCCUUCUAGCACUUUCCACAUCGAACUUGGAAAGCCCAUCCCUGACUCCCUGGGCCUCACCUCCCAGCUGGAACGUAUCAAAGAGUUUCUGAAGAGCCUGGAGGAACCAGGGUCUCUGGCAACGCCUGAACUGAGCAGUGGCAGCCGAUCCCCACAGAAUGCGGAAGCUGGAACAGGAGUAGGAGCAGGAGCUGGAACAGGAACAGGAACACUGGGAGUUGGAGCUGGGGCAAGAACAGGAACACCAGGAGCUGGAGCAGGAACAGGAACAGGAACACCGGGAGCUGGAGCAGGAACAGGAACACCGGGAGUUGGAGCAGGAGCAGGAACAGGAACACCGGGAGCUGGAGCAGGAACAGGAACACCGGGAGUUGGAGCUGGAGCAGGAACAGGAACACUGGGAGCUAGAGCAGGAACAGGAACAGGAACACCAGGAGCAGGAACAGGAACAGGAACACCAGGAGCUGGAGCAGGAACAGGAACACCGGGAGCUGGAGCAGGAACAGUUCCCGAAAUUGGAGUGGGAGUUGGGGCAGGUGUGAAGAUGCCCAGUUCUGCAGAUGAUUCUGGGCAGUGUGCCAAUCAGGACAACAGCCAUCGCUCCAGCUCAGUGUGUGAAGGGAAAUACCGACAAAUGGGCCGUUCUCUGUUCCACAGCCAUGCCCCAGGUAGCCUUCGAUCCUGCCAGGCAGAGCUGGCACAAAAGCUGAAGAACCUUGAGCUCCAGAACAGUCUCCCUGGGCAACAGGACAUUGGCCAGAAGAAGUUGGCACUGGAUCCCUCGUGCCUACUGACCCCACCAAACACGCCACAGAUACUGGAGCUGGCUGAGGCUGAGAAUGAUCCCAUGGAGCUGGCCUGCAGGAGGAUGGUAAAUGGUGACCGGCUGGAACCAUGUAAUGGGAGCACUCUGCAAGAUAGCUGCACUCGACAGAAGAGCGAGCCUGGUGAUGAGGUCUUCACUGUUGACUUAGAAAGAGGGCCUCAUGGCCUGGGUCUGGCAUUAGUGGAUGGGCUGAGAACCCCGUUAAAUCGGAGUGGAAUUUACAUCAAGUCGCUGGUGCCUGACUCACCAGCUGCAGGAUGUCAGAAGUUGAGCCGGGGUGAUCGGAUCCUGGCUGUGAAUGGUACCAACUUGGUGGGCCUGGAUUACCAGCGGGGUCGGGAGCUGCUCAGAUCGUCUGGAAACAAACUCUGUCUCCUGGUGGCGAAGUCUGAUUCGGAGAUGGCAAGGAAAGUGUUAACAUUGAACUGCUAGUCUGAGUGGAGCAGAGAUGGUAAAUGCUAAAGCCAGUGAGGGACAGUACAGACCCUGCGACUGCCUGGAGGUGCUUGCAGAGAGCAAAUAUAUAUUUCAGUAUUUAAGUCCAGUUGCCGUGUUGAACUGGGGCAUGUCCAUUGAGGGGUUAGUGUUAGUACCUGCCCACUCACUGUAUCUCUGCCUUUAACCAGUGUGCUGAGCUCGGGAACUCCAGUGGAGUAGGGAGCAGGGUUCCCCAGGAUUGUGGAGGGGUCAUUCCCUGGGAUUGAGGGGUAUUUUACAGGAUUCCCAAUUGGAAGAGCACAUGAUACUUUGUAACCCCACCCCAAUUAUAGUAUCACUGGCUCCUGUUUACACCCUUCCUUGGACUGUUAUUUACCCCCCCUUCCCCACCAUCUCCUGUUUACCCCCUGGCUCCUGUUUAACCCCUUCCCCACCGUCUCGUUUAUCCCCUGGAUCCUGUUUACCCCCAUCCCCCACCAGCUCCUGUUUACCCCCCUUCCCCACUGUCUCCUGUUUAUCCCCUGGCUCCUGUUUACCCCCAUCCCCCACCGUCUCCUGUUUACCCCUCUCCCUCCCCCCCCGGCUCCUGUUUAGCCCCCUCUCCAACCCCCUACAUUACCCUGGAGUGCGAUGCUGUGCUCGGAGUGAGUUUGUAACAGGGAGGGAGAGGAGAUGAGAGUGGGCAGGAGCUCGGAGCUGGUGGGUUUGAUUGGAGUUUGGUGCCAAUUGUUUGGGAAGAACACUUUAAAAGUUGAAGUUUACCUUGUUUCACAUGUUUGUUACUGCCUGCUGUUGAUGUUGAUGUUGAUGUUUAACACUGACACAGAUUCUGAUAAUCCCCAGUCCCCGGCCCCCCAUGUAUCUAAUAAAAUGUUAUUGUCACGUUA